AUGAAUAAUAGCAUUACAGUUAACAGUACCAGUACCGAUUAUCAAUAUUUCAGACGAUUUGAAUUUAUUCAGGAUUCCCCAGUAGUUGCCAUACUUAGUAUUAUAUUUUUAGCAAUUGCAUCAACUGUUGGAACAUUUGGAAAUGUUCUUAUUUUAAUAAUUGUAUCGAAAACAAAAGAACUAAAACAAGUGCAAUCUGUUUUCAUUGUCAAUUUGGCUAUUUCAGACAUGUAUGUUACUUUGAUAGCGGAUCCUAUGAGUAUUGUUGGUAAAGUGGAAGGCCGAACAUUCUUUUUGCAGUACCCAAUUCUGUGCGAGAUCAUUGGAAAAAUGUGUACCAUUUCAUGUGUUUCGUCUUUGGGGUCCAUUUCAUUUCUGAGUUUAAACAGAUACAUAUUAAUUUGUCACAACUCAUAUUACGAGAAAAUAUUUACUUGGAGAUCAUGCAUCAUGAUGUGUCUAUCGAUGUAUGUCGUUGGAGUGAUCAUGGUUCUAAUAAAUUCAGCUGGCAUUGGCGAACAUAGCUUUGAUGACAAAAGUUUGGAAUGUAUUUGGGACAGAAUGGCAACAUACAGUUACACUGUGGUAUUUUCAGUUUGUCUUGUUUGGAUUCCCUUGAUAGUUGUAGGAAUGUCUUACUUACGAUUGUUCUUUUAUGUCCGAAAUAAACGAAAACAAGUCGUAAGUAGAGAAAACGGACCAAACAUUGACAAUAAAUCCCUUCGUCUAGCUAAGACAAUAUUUAUUGCAUAUGCAAUGUUUUCAACCUGUUGGAUGCCGUUUGCAAUGUUGCUUGUGGCUGAUGCAGAUGACACGUUUCCGCACGAAGUACAUCUCUUUAUCACAGUUUUUGCUCAUCUGCACCCAUCAAUCAAUUGGUUAAUAUAUUACUAUACAAAUGGAAACUUUAAAGCAGGAUUUCAUAAAAUAUUCAGAAUUUGUAGUCGAAGAUAUAAAGCACAGCGUGAUGGGCAAGUUUCGCAAUCAGGGACUACCACGACGAGAGUUAUUAAUAUCAAAUCCGUCCCAUCUGAAAAUUGAAUUAUACAUAAUACCUGUGAACACUUCAAAAUCAUUAACAAUACCAAAGUAGUGCUUUACUCAAUUGUAUUUCUCUGGGUUUUUUUUUAUUAACUCGCCUUUUUUAAUUUGACGACAGCCCAUUUACACUCUACAAUUUUGUCAUACAUAAUGGCAUUUUUUUAAAAAAUUUUACUUUUAUAACAGAUGUAGUUCAUGAUGCUGAACUAAGACUCCUCUCUACGAAUUCAAAAGAUCAGGGUCACCAGUCCUUGAAUUUCCAAAUCCACAGUACUGAAUUCUAUAUUUGCCUUUCUUAAUUUUAAAAUACAGAGUUCUGGUUUUUCUUUGUGAUAAAGAAUUUAAGGAUACAAAUUCAAAUUCC